AGAGCGAGGAGGGCGGAACGGGUGGGAAGGCCACGCACGCGGGGGCGGUGCCUUGGCCGGGAAGCGGCGGCCGCUCGAGGUACGGAUCUAAGUCGCGAGCGGCGAAGACAACGCCAGGCGUGGGCGCGAACGCUGCCGGUAGCACUCGGUGUUCUUAGGUCCCCUCGCUAUUGGACGGGACGCGGGAGAGCGCGGCGGGGGCGAGAGGUGGGAGCGGCCAAUGCGAAACUGGCUGGUGCUGCUGUGCCCUUGCGUGCUCGGGGCCGCUCUGCACCUCUGGCACCUCUGGCUCCGUUCCCCUCCGGCCCCCCACAACACGGAGCCCAGCGCGGCAGAUCAAUCAGCCUUACUUCCUCAGGGGAAAUUUCAUCACUAUGAUGUGGUAGUUGGUGUGUUAUCAGCUCGAAACAACCACGAACUUCGAAAUGUGAUAAGGAGCACCUGGCUGAAGGAUUUGCUGCAGCAUUCUACAUUAAGUCAACGUGUGCUUGUGAAGUUCAUAAUAGGUGCCCGUGGCUGUGACGUGCCUGUGGAAGACAGGGAGGACCCCUACUCCUGCCGACUGCUCAACAUCACCAGUCCAGCUUUGAAUCAGGAAAUCGAGGCCUUCAGCUUUCCUGAAGACGCCUCCUCAUCCCGACUGUCUGAGGACCGAGUUGUCAGCGUGAGCUUCAGAGUUCUCUACCCGAUCGUGAUCACCAGUCUCGGAGUGUUCUACGAUGCCAGUGACGUUGGUUUUCAAAGGAACAUCACAGUCAAGUUGUAUCAGACAGAGCAGGAGGAGGCCCUUUUCGUCGCUCGGUUUAGUCCUCCAAGCUGUGGCACACAAGUGAACAAGCUGUGGUAUAAGCCUGUGGAGCAAUUCAUCUUACCAGAGAGCUUUGAAGGUACGAUUGUAUGGGAAAGCCAAGAUCUCCAUGGCCUCGUGUCCAGAAACCUGCACAGAGUGACAGUGAAUGAUGGAGGGGGUGUUCUCAGAGUCCUCACAGCUGGGGAAGGGGCCUUGCCUCAUGAAUUCAUGGAAGGUGUGGAGGGAGUUGCAGGUGGCUUUAUCUACACUGUUCAGGAAGGCGAUGCACUAUUACGAAGCCUUUACUCUCGGCCCCAGAGACUUGCAGAUCACGUACGGGAUCUGCAAGUGGAAGAUGCCUUACUGCAGAAGGAAAGCAGUAUCUAUGAUGACAUUGUCUUCGUGGAUGUUGUGGAUACUUACCGGAACGUUCCUGCAAAAUUAUUGAACUUCUACAGAUGGACUGUGGAAUCCACCAGCUUCAGUUUGCUGCUCAAGACAGAUGAUGACUGUUACAUAGACUUAGAAGCUGUGUUUAAUAGAAUUGCUCAGAAGAAUCUAGAUGGGCCUAAUUUUUGGUGGGGAAAUUUCAGGUUGAAUUGGGCAGUGGACAGAACUGGAAAAUGGCAGGAGCUGGAAUACCCGAGCCCCGCUUACCCUGCCUUUGCCUGUGGGUCAGGGUAUGUGAUCUCCAAGGAUAUCGUUGACUGGCUGGCAGGCAACUCCGGAAGGUUAAAGACCUAUCAGGGUGAAGAUGUCAGCAUGGGCAUUUGGAUGGCAGCCAUAGGACCUAAAAGACACCAGGACAGCCUGUGGCUGUGUGAGAAAACCUGUGAGACAGGAAUGCUGUCUUCUCCUCAGUACUCACCAGAAGAGCUGAGCAAACUGUGGGAACUGAAGGAACUAUGUGGGGAUCCUUGUCAGUGUGAAGCAAAAGCACGAUAACCCCAAAGACUAGGGGUUGUAAGUCCGAAGAGAGCCGUGGCUGGUACUGAGGUGUAAUUAGCAGGGUAUUACUAGUGUUUUGCACAGAUCUUAAUGGAUCAACUGAUAACUGCAGCAUAAGUUUUUACUUAUAAAUUGAAAGAUUAUUUAUACCAAAUUAUUUUAUAAAAAUAUUGCUAAUUUCUGAUCACUUAUACUAAUUAGUAACUCAUUGUUACCAUUUUUGGUUAAAUGGCCAAAUUGAGAAAAUAACUCCAUUUGAAUCUCAAGCGGGAUUACAAAAUAGCUCUGCAUAACUUAAUUAGGCCAGAAAGAAACUACAAAGAUGCUUUGUGGCACAGGGCCACAUGUACCAAAGUCUGGGCUGCUAGAAAUACGAGUGUGUGGGUCUCUGAUACAGACAACCUGGCCCUGAAAAGGAAGUGUUGUAAACUGAAGUUUGCUAUCUUUAAAGAUGUCUAUUUACAUACACAUCAUGUUUUCUUUUACAGUAUAAUGUAAAUCCUGAGUGGCUCGGCUUAGUACUGAGACAUUUACUCUCACUAAACUGUUUUUGUGAGUAUGAGUAAAAGUAAACAGCUCAGGGUUUGGUGUCACAGGAAGUAGCGUAGGAAGGCACUCUGCCUUGCCUCAUGCCUGUCCCGAAGCUUGAAUAGGAGGUGGUGAUCUGUGGAAGACAGGCUCAGUUCAGGCAUAAUGUAAGAGAAAGUAUGUGGCAGGUUUGAAGAUGUGUUUCCUCAGCUUAAAGGACACUUCUCAGAAUGACCAACCAAUCACUGUUUAAAUCAUUUUUUAGAAGUUAAGCAGCCCCCAGCAGAUGUUAACUCUACUAGAUUUAGACUUUCUACUUCAUAUUUACAUCUUCACAUAGUGGAAUGCCGUAAGCUAUGAAAACAAAAAGGGCAGGAAAACCAAUAGUAAUCAAAGCCUUUAUUAUUCUAUUAAUAAACAACCGAAUGGUCUUUUCCCAACAAAACAACAUCAUUUGUGAGGGCAGAGGUUCUGUUUCUGGUGUAUACAUUCCAGUCUUAACUCUCACGGUUGGCCUGCUACCAGCGCACCAGUAGGCAGUCUCCAUUCUCCACAGAAUAAAACUGUAAUGGCUGCAGGUCAUUUUCUAGUUCGAUUUCUCUGCCCGGCAUCUAAAAUUAGAACCAAAUGGGGAGUAGAAGGACAGGGUGCAUGUUAUUAUGCACGUCACCCUCCAGUGGCAGGUGAGUUGUGAAGGCAAAGGCUGCCUCCACUUGGAACCUGUUAUGAAAGGCUCACAGCACUGUGGAGAACGAAGCUUAGCUUUGUGUCUUUGCUCACAACGUACCUUGGAACUUUCGUAGGACAACAGAAGUUCUGACACAGGAACUUUGAGAAGACGUGACAGCAGUCCCUUUACCUUUUGAAUUGUCAUGGAGUCUAUCAAAGAAAAGAAACCUUUAAAUGAUGACUACAAGUAGAAACAGCUCAGGUGAGGCAGCCAUUGGAAGGUUUAAGUCAUUCUACCAGGUGAUUCUUUUAAUGAAAGAAUGGAGCUGGUGUUUGAUCUAAGUGGUCUUGACAGUGGGGUGUCAGACCAUUUUUAGUAGCAUUUACUAUUUCUCCCUCAAUCUGAAUAACCAGAAAUAAUUAUCUCACUGAAGAGGACAAAAUAUACAAAAUAUAGUCCUUUGUGAUACUUUGCUAAGGGGCUGCUGGAGUGGGGGCCUGGAGAGGCACCUCUCAGCCUUCUUUUCCCUCUAGAAGACAGCAUGGACUUGAGUGGUUGCUGGCCCCGCCCAGCCUGAGUAUCCAGUCACCAUCAGGAUGUGCACACAUAUGACCACUAGGUGUCGGAAAGUAACUGCUCUGGUCAGUUAAGAACAUAGUAGGAACUUCUUCCCAAAGACAGGUUGUGGUAAUAGUGGAUAUUUUGAUUAAGAAUAGUAGUUUCUCUGAAGCUUUAGCUGAAAGUACAGCAAUAGUGUGAUGUACCACAAAUAUCACUAUGUACUCAAUUAUUUUUCUAUAAAAUUGUUUUUAUAAAUGCUUUGUUUUUAUGCAACUUGUGAUAAUAAAUCUUCUCUAUUUUAGAAUAAA